UCCCCAUUUGGAAGUGAACCCAGAUGGGCAUUUCUUCCUACACUUACUUAUUUCAUAAUAAAUAAUCUGCUUGGAUUCUGUCCUGGGGUUUUUAUCUCCAUUCUCUCUCAUUUCCAGAGCUCCAUCCUGCCCCACUUUAACCCAACGUCCCAGGAGAACAUUCACAUGUCCAAGAGAUUCUGGGAAAGACGACAUCCCCACGACAUAGGAGUAGGAAAGCACUUUUCAUCCCAAGGUCGCUUUGUUUAUUUCAGCCCCCACCCCCUUCCCAGCAUCCUCAACCUCCUCGCCCUUUUCGCCAAGCCGCCCCUUCUCACCCCAUAAGGGCAAACACUGCGCCAGCGCAGGCGUCCAAAAGAUCUUGACGUCACAACGGAGCAGAGCAUGCGCAGAAAGCAUUACCUGCAGUACAAAGAGCGGAGGCCUCCGCUUGCGCUGGGGGCGGGGGGGGUAAGCGCGCUCGUGCAGCAAAGGAAAAAAACAACCGGUGGCCUGUAGGCUUUUCCCUCUCUAGGAAAGAGAACUCUACCUCUGGGAGGUCCAGGCUGUAGGAGGCGAGGACAGAGCGUGAAAUUUUGGCGGGAACGAUUUUCAGUUGCUCCGCUGAGGCGCAAAAGCCCUGAGGGAGCCCCCACCCCCCACUCUUCCCCCACCCCCGCGUGAAACCAGGGAAGGGGCGGGGCGAGUGGGCGGAGGAGGGUCGGCCUUGAGCGAAGGCGGCGGCCUCGGAGGGUGUUCACCCCCGCGCCGGGGCUGCGCUGAAGCCGGAGACGGAAUGGAGGCCUGGGAGUCUCCCCUUCAGGCGGGGAGCGGCGGCUGCGGCGGCGUGGAGUCCGGCGAGGAAAGCGGCGGCCCGAGCGGCCUCCCCGAGGAGCCCCGCAGCUCCGAGGCCGAGCGCUGGCGUUUCCGCAGCUGCGGUUCCCGGGAGGCCGAGGGGCCCCGGGCGCUUUGCAGCCGCCUGCACCGGCUGUGCCGGGGGUGGCUGCGGCCCGAGCGGAGCAGCAAAGCCGAGAUGUUGGACCUGGUGGUGCUGGAGCAGCUGCUGGCCCUGCUGCCCCCGGAGCUGGCGGGCUGGCUGAGGGAGUGCGGGGCGGAGAGCUGCGCCCAGGCGGUGGCCCUGGCCGAAGGCUGCCUCCUCGGCCCCGCAGCCGCCCCGGAGCCCGGAAAGGGGCAGCAGAUGCAGGAACUGUUCACCGGAGAGAUCUCAGCAGAGCUACAGGAAAGAGGAAAUGGAUGCAGUCCUUCUCAAGAGUUGCUUUUCAGCAGGUCCCAACUUGGGCCAUUUCAGCAGGGCUCUAAUCCCUUUGAGGAAGUCACUGUGGACUUCACAGAAGAGGAGUGGAUGCUGAUGGAUUCUGACCAGAGAGUGUUGUGUAGAGAAGUCACAUUGGAAGCUUUUAGGAAUAUUAUUGACCUGACAGGUGAUGCAAUGGAGAAGGAGAACCAGGAGUGGUUAAUGUCGCUGCCAACAGCAAACUAUGAAGGAGAAGUGACAUUUGACCAUCAAACAAAUCCAAAAAUACAAGAGGAAAGCCACUCAGAAGGUUGGGUGGAAGAGCCCUCCACAUCUCAUCAUUUCUUUUCUCUUACUUUACCUGAGAACCUUAAUAGCAAACACAAACCACAAAGUAUUGUGAACUUGGGGGAGGAUUCCAGUUGGAGUAGAGAGACUAAAAUAUGCACAAAAUGUGGAAAGAGCUUUGAUAGUAAUGCUAGCCUUAAUGGCCAUCAGAGGAUCCACAUAACUGAGAAACCAUAUAGUUGCGAGGAAUGUGGAAAGGGCUUUGCUUCGAUAGGAAAACUUAAUUCUCAUAAAAGGAUGUACAUAGGAGAGAAACCAUAUAAAUGCACAGAGUGUGGAAAGAGCUUCUGUAACAAGGCUAGCCUUAAUGGCCAUCAAAGGAUUCACAUAACUGAGAAAUCAUAUAGCUGUGUAGAAUGUGGAAAGGAUUUUGCUUUAAUAGGAAAACUUAUUGCUCAUAAAAGGAUUCACACAGGAGAGAAACCAUAUAAAUGCACAGUGUGUGGAAAGUGUUUCCAUUUCAGGCCUAGUCUUAUCCGCCAUGAGAGGAUCCACAGAAGGGAGAAAAAAUAUAGGUGCAACAAGUGUGGAAAGAGAUUCUUUGAGAAUAGAUCUCUCACUAUCCAUCAAAGGAGUCACACAGGAGAGAGACCGUAUAAAUGCCUGGAGUGUGGAAAGAGCUUUUUUGAAAACAAAGGUCUUACUCGUCAUCAAAGGAUCCACACAGGGGAUAAACCCUAUCAAUGUCUGGUGUGUGGAAAGAGCUUUAGUCAGAUAGGACAUCUCAAUUCUCACAAAAGAGUCCACACAGGGGAGAGACCCUACAAAUGCAUGCAGUGUGCAAAGAGCUUCCGUUCCAAAAGUUCUCUUAAUCGCCAUGAGAGGGUCCACACGGGGGAGAGAAAAUAUAGCUGCAGUGUGUGCGCAAGGAGAUUCUUUGAUAACAGAACCCUUGCUGUCCAUCAAAGGAUCCACACAGGGGAGAGACCCUAUAAAUGCCUGGAGUGUGGAAAGAGCUUUAUUCAGAAAGGACAGCUUAAUUAUCAUCAAAGAAUCCACACAGGGGAGAGACCAUAUAACUGCAUUGAGUAUGGAAAGCAGGAAGAACAUCUUACUCAGGAAAGAAUCCACACAGGAGAAAAACCAUAUAAAUGCACAGAAUGUGGAAAGAGCUUCUUUAGCAAGACUGGUCUUAAUGGCCAUCAAAGGAUCCACAUAGCUGAGAAACCAUAUAGUUGCACGGAAUGUGGAAAAGACUUUGCUUUAAUAGGAAAACUUAAUUCUCAUGAAAGGAUUCACACAGGGGAGAAACCAUAUAAAUGCACAAUGUGUGAAAAGAGUUUCCAUUUUAGGGGUAGUUUUAAUCGUCAUGACAGGAUCCACAGAGGAGAGAAAAAACUUAGUUGCCAGGAAUGUGGAAAGAGAUUCUUUGAGAAGGCAGCCCUUACUAUCCAUCAAAGGAUCCACACAGGGGAGAGACCAUAUCAAUGCACAGAGUGUGGAAAGAGCUUUUUUGACAACAAAGUUCUUACUCGUCACCAAAGGAUCCACACAGGGGAGAGACCAUAUAAAUGCCUGGAGUGUGGAAAGAGCUUUACUCAGAAAGGACAUCUUAAUUCCCAUAAAAUAACUCACACAGGGGAGAGACCCCAUACAUGCACAGAAUGUGGAAAGAACUUCAGUUUCAAAAGUUCUCUUAAUCGUCAUGAGAGGAUCCACACAGGAGAAAAAACAUACCCGAAGGCAGUGUGGGAAGAGAUUGAAAACACAGCCCUUACUAUCCAUCAAACUAUCCACCUGGCAUAAACUAUAAAUGCCUGGAAUGUGGAAAUAGGUUUAGUCAGAAAGGCAAACUUAUUUCUCAUAAAAGAAUCCAUAUUAUGGACAGGCCAUAUACAGCUAGUCCUCAACUUACAACUGUUCAUUUAAUGAUCAAAGUUACAAUGGAAAAAUGAAAUAAAAGGA